UCUUCUUCCUCCCACCAUGUCACCUCACCUUUCACAGUCAUCAAUGGAGUCUCUCUCCAUCAUCCUCUCCUCAUCUUCCUCCCUUCCCUUCCUAAACCACCCCAAAGCCCUCAAACCCACCUCCUCUUCCAGACCCAUUUCUCUCCCUAUGCCCUCCAUUUCGACCCCGGAGAAUCCCCACUUCCUCCUCCUCAAAGGCCGUUCCUUUCCUCUGCACUUCACCAGAGCCCCUCUCUGCUUUCCACUAUUUCACCUCUUCAAUUCGCUCCCUUGCCUCGCCUCCGAGGGUGCUGUCUCCCCUGCCGCUGGCCAGGUCUCGGACAGGAUCAACCUGGAGUCGGUUCUCGUCUCCAUCGAUGACUUCUUCAACCGGAACCCAUUCUUCGUCGCCGGGUGCACCUUCGUUUGGCUUGUGGUCGUUCCCGUGGCGGAGUACUACUUGAGGAAGUACAAGUACGUGUCCGCGAUCGAUGCGUUCAGGAAGCUGAGGGACGACCCGAGCGCGCAGCUCCUGGAUAUCAGGGACCGGAAGAGCGUGGCGGCCAUGGCGUCUCCUGAUCUGAUGUACGUGAGCAAGGCGGCGGUUCACGUUCCGUUCGACGAGGGGCGUGAGGAUGAGUUCGCGAAGGCUGUUCUGGCGAGCUUCGAGGACCCUGCAGAUACUGUCCUCUGUAUUCUGGACAAUUUCGAUGGCAAUUCGAUGAAAGUUGCGGAACUACUGUUCAAGAAUGGCUUCAAGGAGGCGUAUGCAAUCAAAGGAGGGGUUCGAGGCGAGAAAGGGUGGUUGGCCAUACAAGAAUCCCUUUUGCCACCUUCUGUGCAUAUGUCUCCCAAGAAGAAGGCCAAACGAGAGUUUGGUAUGAAUGGCGCGGUUAGCCAGAAAAAUGGCAAUAAAGCUGAAGGUUCAUCUUCUCCAAGUGUUGCUGAGGGAGAGAACCAAGUUCUGGACCAUGGAAAUCAGGAUGCAAUGGCAGUGCCUACACCAUCAGAGAGAACUGUUUCUAGAUCAUCCUCACCAUAUCCAAAUUACCCAGAUAUGAAACCGCCAGCCUCCCCUACUCCUUCGAAGCCACGGAGUUGACAUCGGAGGCCUUCCUCCUCUCUCUCUCUCUCUCUCUCUCUCUCUCUCUUCUCAGUUGAAACAAUCAGGAAUCCUUGUGCGUAGCUCGAGAUUUGUUGUUCAAACUACAGUUUUGGUCUUAAUUUUGUCGAGUAAGAAAGAAAGAGGAUGCUUUUGGUGAGGGUGUUCUUUCCGCUUCCAACAUCUACUUUCUUCACUCCUUUGCUAAGCCAUGAACAAAUUGUGACGUUUUUCACUUUACGCAAGGAAGGGGAGGAGUCAAUAAGGUGAUCGGCACAAAAUAAGACAUGGACUUUCUUUGA